AUGUCACUCAGUCCGAUUAAAACCUGUGUCCUCGGCGUGGGUCUUGCUGGGCUCACGUUCCACGUCCCGUUCGUACUCGCCUUGCCCGAACUCUUCACUCUCACUGCUGUUCUGGAGCGCAACCCACAGACUCCCGGUGGAAAGGUGCAUCAGCGCUUUGGAGCCACCACAAAAAUAUACCGGACAAUCGAAGAGGUCGUGAACGACCCAGAAAUUGAGCUCGUUAUUGUAGGAACCCCAAAUGAUACUCAUUACCCACUUGCAAAGGCUGCUCUCGAGGCUGGGAAACACGUUCUCGUCGAUAAGCCUGUGACUGAGACAGUUAAAGAAGCAAACGAGCUUGCCGCUAUUGCUAAUGCCAAAGGUCUUGUUCUCUAUGGUUAUCAAAAUCGACGCUGGGACUCGGAUCACCUCGCGCUGAAGCGCCUGUUUGCACUUCCCUCCUCUUCGCCUCUCUCUCUUGGUAACCUGCUGGAGUUUGAGUCCCAUUAUGAUCGUUACCGUGCGGGAAUACGGGCUUCUUGGAAGGAUAGUGCGGGCGCAGUAUACGACCUCGGUUCACAUCUCCUAGACCAAGCCCUCAAACUCUUUGGUCGACCCGCGCGAAUUACUGCGUUCAUCCAAAAUAUUCGUGGAGUCACGAAACCGGAAGUCGAUGAUAUUUUCACUAUCUAUUUGCACUACGAUCCUGGAACUCCGUUCUCUAACCAGUUCACUGUACUUCUCCGCUCGCACAUCCUAUCAGUUAAAUCCCCUCAGCUACGCUACGCAGUCCGCGGCACAAAGGGAAUGUUCACCAAGUACGGCCUCGACACACAAGAGGAGGAAUUGAAAGCCAUGUCUUCUGUCAGCAGUAUCCUUGAACCAGGUUACGGACAGGAGCCCGAGUCCAUCUAUGGUGUCAUUGAAAAUAUCGCUGAUGACGGCGUGACUAUCAACAAGACAAUCUGGCCUUCAGAUGCCCCAGGCCAGUACAUCGGCCUCUUCAAAAACCUUGCUGGUGCUAUCCGGAAUAACGAGGAACUUGAGGUCAAGUGGGCAGAAACGACGCAGGUGAUCGAGAUGAUCGAACUGGCCUAUAAAAGCUCUGCUGAAGGCCGCACCUUGGAGGUGUCGAAACUCUAG